UGAUGAAUCUUAAAGCUGUACAGCUUUAAGAUUCAUCAGAAUACAGCGAAUUUAAUGUAUGCUGAAAUGUCAUAUAUAUAUAGAAUGAGAGCAUGCUUUUAAUUUGAGGACUCUUAUAGCUAAAGGGUGUACCGUGUUUUGCACACUUCUGCAGGCUACUGACCCAGCAUCAGCAUUAUAAAUUUGGUAUUGUUUUUCUUUUUUCAGAGUCUGAGGAUGACCUGAAAAGAAAGAUGAAAAGUGGGCGUGUUAGAGUCCGAAGAAUCCUCAGCAGCAGUGACAGUGAGGAAAGCGACAAGGACGUCGCAAUGCAGACACAAAAAAACAAAAACAAAAAACGGGAAGGGCCCAGCAAUAAAUUUUUGGAGAUACUUGCUGCAAAAAAGAAAAAGCUCACAGAAAAAGACUGCACUGAGCAACAAACUCAACUUUCAGCAGCUCAAGAAGAAGUGGCCCGCCUUAGCUCAACAGUUAAGGAACAAGAAGAACUUAAAGAGCUCCGAGCUCUAAAUAGAGAGCUGCAGCGAAAGCUGCUGGAUUCAUUUGACUGCAAGCAAGGAACCACAGCUAGCAUUGCCAGCAGCACAGGCACCACCGCACAGAAGACUGCCGCCAGAGAAAGCACAGGCACCUGAGCUGCCU